AAAUAUUGCAUUGUCACGUUGGAGACCUUGGAAAGAUAUUUUUCCGCCAGACGUUAAUUCCACUCAAGUCCGGCAAUAACUGUGUAUUAUGAGUGAUUACCCAAACUUAAAAUAUAUGUCUAUGAAAGGUGGUUAGUGAUAUUCGUUGAUAUAUAAUGGCGGCUGCAGUAUUAACACCACGUCAACAUAACAUUGCAGAAUUGAAUAGGAAAGCUGUGUACAAAUUAAAAAAUGGGUCACCGAAGUUCAGGGACGUUUUGCGAGAGCGAUGCAGAGCCAGGAUGAAGAGAAAUCGUGACAAAAUUGUAAAUAACAUGAGGAACCUUCAUCCACAUGGUCAUGUGGAUGACCUGUUUUCAACAAUUGGAAAGGUUGAAUCUGAUGUAACAUGUCCUUUGUGGAGUGCAGGAUAUGAAACUGAAGGAAGUACUCUUACAGCAGAAGAGGAAGAGAUAAUUGCUGAAUAUGAAAUGCUGCUAGCAAGCGAAGAGGAAAUGUUCUCCGAAAUGUUACAGAAGAGUUUAGAGGAAGAAGUUGUGUGCCCUGUUUGUCAAAAGACAGCAAUGGAAAUUGAGAAUGUCUUUCCUUAUGGAUCGUGUAUUGUAUGCCACAAAUGCUGUAUUAGAAUUCCUGCCCACACAACCCUUCAGAAGCUUGGACUUCAUAUUCGGUCCUGUAUUAGUGAUCACAGGAGUGUGUGCUCAAGCGAGCCGCAGUUCCAGCUUACAUCUGAAGACGACGGUAUGCACAUAUACAUGCUGUGUGCUAAGUGUUCAUAUCUAAGUGUUAUUUCAUGAUAAUAAGACUGAUACUGUGUUACUAAUAGUGAAGUGUUUAUACUUAAACUCUCACUGCUCUGUUGUAAAACUGAAAGGGGAUUUUGCACAUUGACAUGUAAUGUACUUUGUUCUCUUUUUCCUGUUCCACACCCCCCACCCCUCUUUUUUUCUCACAUAUAGAAAAUUACUUUCAGAUAAAAUUUACAAACCUUUUGCUGAAGUUGUUUGCUACCCUAAGGCCAUGGAGAGGGUCCCCUUUCAGGUACUUUCAUACAUUCGUCUUUAAAAAAUAGUCUUCUAAGGACCCUAGCAACUUUGAUUUGGGCCAUGUAUGAAUUGGGAACCACUGAAUUCAGUGUUCCAAACACACAAAAUUUUAUCCCUACAAAAUACAUAAUGCUUACAAAUUUGUAUGAAACAAAAGAAUUGUAGAUUACCAAUGCUAUUUAUUCUGCUGUCUGCUUGUUGCAUUGCCUCUUCCACUGCCAAAGGGAUUUAAAUGGGCCUGUCCAUCUGCACUGAUCAACUUCAGUACCCAUGAUUCCUUCAUACCUAGAAAUUAAAAUUGUUUUUCUUUAGAUUAAAUGAAGGCAGACACUAGGAUGCAUAAUUUGUCCACUGCUACACAUCUACAUAUAUUCUAUUAUGUACUGCAGGAUAUAAUUUCUGUCAGUACACUGUCAUACUGUUCACUGACCUAUAUUGUGUUACUAUAUAAAUCAGUCUGCAUAUUGAUAGCAGAUUUAUGAACUAACAAAUAUUGGUACUUGUUCAUGGUGUGCUGCAACGUAAAGUCACUUGACUUACCUUUUAAUAAUCAUUUCCUUGUAGCAAAAUGGGAAAAAUGCACGACUAUAUAGUGGCAAAACUGGAUCAUGUGUUUCUGUUUUGCAUAAGAAAUGAAGUUCUGCUUGCUUUCUGAUAAUGGCUGAUAGUAACGUGAUUAGCUUCAUUUCCACUGACUUAGGAUCUUUAUGGCAUUAUACAGUCAUCCAACAGACACUGACGAGUUAGUUGGUGAAUAUAUAUAAAUCUUAGAUAGUGUGGCUGGUAAUGGCAAGGUGUAUGACCAUGCACAAAUCCUGAAACAAGACUGACUGUGAAUGUAUUGAUUGUAUACAAUAAAUUUUAAAAUAAUGGUAAGGACUCCAAAUAUAUUAAUCCCUUCAUACUAUGCAUAAAAUAUCUCACGUAAAAGCAUGUCCUUUCUGGUCUGAAUUCAUUUGGCAUUUUGAGUUGGUGAAACAAAUGUACCCUGACAUCUCUGUGUAACUUAAGAAAACUAUGUUUGAUUUCCUGUAAAAUGUCCCAGAAUUAUCAGUGUAGAAUUUGUUUUUGUAAGCUUUGGACUGAGAAAACACAUGAGCAAUCAUGGAAUUACCACUGCAUAAAGAGACUCCAGAAAAAAACUGUUACCUUUUCUGAUUUCAGCUAGGCACAUGUGAUCUGUACUUUUGGUUAAAUUAGUGACAUCUGCAAGCCUACAAAUACUUAAUGCCACGUACAAUGUAGAACUGUUGUGUGACAACUUGUAAAGUGGUUGCUAAUAAAAAUGUUUUACAUUAUUUUUAUUGAUCUUUUGCCUGGCCUAAUACUGCUGUUUCAACUGCAGAAAUCUACUGCCAUAUACUGAUGAAAUCUUGUAGUGCAGACCAUGGUGAAACUUAAGCCAUUUGACUGUCACGCUCCCCAUAGAACUACAUGCUAGAAAUCUCAAGGCCACUUGUGUGUAGUUGUAUAGAAAACCAUGAGACCUUCCUCUGAUCUUUUGCAUG